GGACCUUACACCAACGUUUUUGUGCAUGAGUGAAUUACAAUUUGAAGUACUACACAUUCUCGAGAUAGGCAAGAGUUGAUAUAUUUUUGGGUAAUAUAUAUUGUUGCUACUAGUAUAUUGUGUGUGUUUGGAAAAUGGCCCGGCAUUUGAAGGUUGUGAGUGUUGCAUUCUUGGUCAUGUUGUUUGUGGACCUUGCAUUGGGAGCUAGGGUCGGGAAGGCAGUGGGGAAGGGAGGAGGUGGAGGAGGAGGAGGUGGUGGUGGUGGAGGUGGUGGUGGGGGGAAUGGGUCAGGUUCAGGGUAUGGGUCGGGGUAUGGCUCUGGGAGUGGCUCUGGAUAUGGAGCUUCGGAUGAUGAUGGGGAGUAUUAUGAGAAAAUUGGAGCUGGUGGAGGGGGAGGAGGUGGUGGCGGUGGUGGAGGAGGAGGAGGGUCUGGUAUUGGUUCUGGGUCUGGAUAUGGGUCUGGAUCCGGGUCUGGGUAUGGAUCAGGGUACGGGUCGGGUGGAGGUGGAGGAAAAGGUGGGGGUGGUGGAGGUGGAGGUGGCGGAGGCAAAGGAGGAGGUGGUGGUUCAGGGAAUGGUUCGGGCUCAGGAUAUGGAAGUGGUAGUGGCUCUGGAUAUGGAAGUGGAAGUGGGGGGUCCGGGUACGGCAGUGGAUCAGGUUACGGUUCCGGGUAUGGUGGUGGAGAUGGGGGAUGGGAAGAACCAUGAGACAUGAGGCUUCAUUUUCCUGCACAUAAAUUUACUACUACAUGGGAUUUUAGUAAUAUUCUUGCAAUAAAAUUGCAUGGCUUCACGAACUUCAGUUGGUGAGCUUUGCAUGUAUAAUUUUACUCACUACAUAUUGCAAUUUUCCUCAUAUUAUAUUGUUAUUGUCAUCAUUGUUAUACCUCGUACUACGCAAUAAAUAUAAUAUUUUCCUUUUUUUUUU